CAGACACCCAAAAGCCAAAAAAAGUUGGUGCACGUACUGUCCUUUUCUAGUGCGAAGUUCGAGCUAGCAGAGCAGAGAGACUCUCGCCAUGGCGCUGGCCACCCCGACAGCCGUGGUGCUGGAGCUGAUGACCAUGGGGCAACAGUCCGCGGCGCACCUCGGGGAGCUGCUCCGAGCAGCGUCCCCGCCCGUGCGGGCCGAGCACCAGGCGCUCGCCGCGGAGAUCCUCCGCUGCAGCGACCGGGUGAUCGCCGCGGUGAGCGCGGGCGCCACCGAUAAAAAGAGGAAGAUGACGGACCCUGGCGCCACAUCCUGCCAUCUUCCCUCGGCCGCCAUGCCGUCCAAAAGAAGGGUACGUGCUGCGGAGGCGCACAUAGAGGUCCAGGCGCACACGACGGCGGACGGGUUCGUGUGGAGGAAGUACGGGCAAAAGGACAUCAACGGAAGCAACCACCCGAGGCUCUACUACCGCUGCGCGUUCAGCGGCGAGGGCUGCGCCGCGACCCGGCGGGUGCAGCGGUCGCAGGAGGAGCCCGCGGCGUUCGUGAUCGCCUACUACGGCGAGCACACCUGCGGAGCCGCCUUCUGUCAGCAAAGGGCGGAGCCACUGCCUCCUACCGUCGUCGACUCAGGCUCAAACGCUUGGGGAGUCUUCGGUGCCGUCGACCGGAACAGGGGCUCGCCUCUGCUGCCGUCGCUCGGAGCCGAGCACAAGCACAGCGCCGUGCGCCGUCACGCCGAGGCGCCCGGUGACACGUCGCGGCGAUGGUCGUCGCCGUCGUCCUCCUCGUCCUACUCCUCCGAGGUGGAACUUGGUGCUUCUCCUGUCGAGGGGUUCCUCGAUGGCAACUUCGACUGGGAGUGGGAGACCGUCGUCAACUCGCUCAGCUUCGGCGAUCUGCUUCACUAGAGCACAGUAGAUUGCACGACCUGUGCACUGUUUAGUGGACAGAUCUGGAGUACAUCGGCUGUCGCAGUGUGACUAAUGAGUAGUGAUAAUGUACGGGGGUGGGUGAGAGGUUCCAGCUGCAAGAGCUUGUGAUGUAGAGUUGGCUAAUCAAAAUGGUUGCAAUACUAAGCAUUUGUUCAGCAAACGUAGUAGUUAAUCAAAUGGUUAAACAAA